CACAACCCUGAUUGAAACURCRAGCAACACCAUGUCGACGGAUCAAACAUUUCGAACUACGGCGGACGUUGGAACGGAAGAGCCCAUUGAGGCAAUCGCGUCUACAAGAAACUUUCAGGACGAAGUUCGCCAGUGGUUCACAGCAAUGGCUCCCGCGGAACGCUCUGCUGCGCUUGGAUUYGAAGACGAUGGCCGCAUGAUGGCGACUCUGUUCGCCAAGGUUGCAGCAGGUGGGGUACCAUCCUGCCACCCGACAUCAAACAAAAACGACGGCAACAACGGUCGUCGGGGGCAAACAACCUCCGGCAAUAUUUUCCAACAACAUCCCCCCAAUACUUUGUUUCCCCCAAAACAGACGGCAGACAGACUUGAUUUCAACGGUAAGUAAAUAAUCGCGCGAAUGUUCAAAAUUUUACGUGGCUUCGAACGUAACGCAGUCACUGGUCGUMAGGAGAAUCAUCAUCUUCCUUAAGGUCUUCGAUCAAACUUCCCCGGCAUCAGCUUGCAGAUGGUUGGUUUUGUGGCCGCGAGAUCUCCAAAACGGAUUUUCUCCAUCCUUUAGCGUUGAGUGUUACAGUACCUGCUUAUCCACCAGAUUUCGAUUGUGUACCCUUUAGACGGUCCACUGAUCGCUGAUGCAGUGGGCGUUGAAAACAUUGCAUAAUCGAGACUUCUCAAGAACACCCUCUACUAGUGCUUGCCGUCCAAGAGUUUCCUUGUACAAAGCAGACAGGAAAUUCCAUUUCAAGUCCACGGACUUCGCUUCGCCGUUAUUGAAUACAAGACUAACAAAACAUCGUUGCAACGCUCUUUACUGUUACAUUUCCACCAAUCAAUAUGCCUCAAAAAGAAACUUGUGACUGGGAAGCAAGAAUUGCGCUUGAGAUCAUCGAAAAAACGUGGGAAGAAAUCAUGAUGGUGGGAGAGCCAAAUACGUCGGGAGUCAAUAAAAAAGAGUUUGUGAAAAACUCUUUCGCAAGAGAUGAAGACGCAAAACGCCAAGUGUCUAGAAGCGAAAGCACCACGGACACAAAGGAUGCUAUCAGUGCCGUUGAACGGGGGACAUCRGAAGAAACCAACACWGAAAAUAAAACUCGCAAUAAUGAAAAAAGAAUAGAGGAUGAUGCAAAAAACAURAAGUUUGUUUCUGAUGCUUAUCGRAUACCAAACGAGGGCGUUUGUGUGAAGGAAAAAGCCACGUCCGUUGACGCAAUUGAAGCUCAUAAAGAAGCAGCCGCAUCUAUUGUUGAAAAAUCUUGCGAAGAUGGGAAAGAGGACGAAAAGGGAAAAUUGGAAACUAAAGAAAAGGAUGAUGCUUUUCUGGGGACAAUCGAUGAGAGUGGUAAUGAAUAUGAGCCUAMUGCAGGGAUUGCAGCUGCGCUGAUUACAACAUCAUCACCACUACCUGCUAUAGAUGGGAUCGACGGGGAUCURCAAUAUCUUUCUGACAGCAACAACAGCAGAAGGAUUGCUGAGGUCAUGGACAAUACACGCUGUAUCUUUCCAGAGGCUUCUGAAAUUGCAGCUGCKACUACAACUGGGAAUAACACUACAUCACACGAGCUACGACCACACAACCAACUAGACGAUCAACGAAAACGAAAAGAAACAUUCAUAACGAUAAAUCCAUUCUAUCUCAAUUCUGUCAGUGGCGACGAGCUYCUCGUCGYAUUCGACGAGAUAAUGGCGAUGGCGUGCAGAGACCCAUCAUCGGACGACCCCUGUUCAUUUAUUCUUCCAGAGGAAACAACUUCUGCUUCCUGGUUGGAUCUCGUUCGUUCUUAUGCAUCUACAGACACAAGUGGAUCUUCCUCUACAAGAUCUAUACCUUUGUACAUGUUGUUGGUGUGCCAUUUCCAGUUCAACCUUGCGAAGACAUAUUCAGAGCGGAGCUUAUCAUCAAGUGACAGCACCGAUAGKGUUGACGUAGACCAUCAAAGCUCUCACAAAUCUAGAGCAGCCUGGUUGUCGGCAUUGAUGACCAGAAUUCGUGAACUUGAAAGCGGGGAAUCAAUCGAGAAGGAAAAAAUUCGGUCAAAGCUUGCUUCAAUUUUACCCAGAUUCCCAWGCAACGAUAGCUCUGAUAACGACAAUGGUAACUUGGAAAACUACUUGCUGCGUCCAUUUUCAGUCCUGACUGAGUAUCAAGAAAAUAAACCCACAGAGUCUUCGGAACAGGAUCAUGCCUCUCAAGAAAUUAAUCMUUCAAUAGAAGACGUUUCAGACGGUAAGGUUGCGAGGAUGGAAGACGUUUCUGUUACGAAUGCCGAUAAUCCUCAAGACGGAGAUGCCUUKAGUAAUGAUGAUCCUACAUUASCACGUGAAAMCGAAAGUCAGACCACCGUUAUCAAUAAUUCAUAUAACUCUUCCAGUGGUGUUAAAAAAGGAAAGAAGAAGAAGAAGAAAAAGGUAAGUGUAAUGUAUGACGAAAGCGUUWCGUUUUGGUGAUGGUACACAAAUUUUGCUAACUUUCUUUGUCUUUCGGAUUUCACAGAAGAGAAGAGGUGGUGGCUCUACCGGCACAUCUACGAAGCCGCAGAUCGCCGAAAAAGUCAUUGAAACCGAAGCCAAUCAGAAGAGUGUAACCGAGGAUCAGAUUGUGGAACAAGUAUUAGAAUCAUUAGUGGAACCUGUGAUAGUCGUGGAUUCAGCACUGGAACAGGAAACAAAAAAGGAAGUCGACAUAGAGAAAACAGAUGAACAYGAGGUUGACCCCACUUUGAAGAAUGUCUUUGAAAAUGAAGAGGCGCAUGCCAURGAGGAUGCUAUAGAAUCCCAUUCUUCUUUGGUCAAGACUACUGCUAGUCAA